AGGUUUAUCAGCUCAGUGGGUUGUGCUACUCAUAAGUAAUUAUUUUUUUUACAGCCUGCCUGAGAAAUGGUGUGGGAGAAGGACCUGUGAUGUCAGAGUGGAGAGGGCUUAAAGGCAGGGAUGAAAGCUAAUCAAGAUAAGAUGAGUUUGUAUUUAAAGAAAAGUCAGUGUUAGUUAAGAGUGUUUUUGAUGGACUAAUCUCAAUGUGUCUUAAAAGCUGCAAAGGAAGUGACAGCAUCAGCCUGAAGCAAAGAUCCACAAUGAAGGCACACACCCUUAGAUAUUCAUGCAGUCUUGCCUCAUUUCAAAACGAAGGUCUUGGCAAUUGCUCUCAUACCAGUUUCACUGAUAACUUGUGGAAAAGCCACCUGCCGUCUCUCCAUAGAAUGAUUCCUCGAGAUCACAUGAGAAAAAUGUCAAUCUUUGGAGAACAGGGAAGCUUGGAAGACAAGCAUUUAUACCAGUUAGCAAGUGAAUUACGGCAGCGACAAGAGGUGAUUAUGAGAAACCAGAUGAUGGCAGUAAAUCCACAACUAAUGGGAUCAGGUCAGCAGAGAAUCCAAGCCAUUUCUGCACAGUUUGAACCUUGGUUCAUGGAAAGAGACUUGUUACCUUCAACUGAGAUGUUAACACCAGCUGAUCCCAGGCAGAUUCACAUAGCUUCCCACCUUGGCCCUUCAGUCCCACAACAUGCCAACAUGCCAAACCUAUUAUCCAAUUGUGUUUACCAAGGGCCAGGAUAUAGUUUUCUCCAACCAGAAUCCAUGGAAGCUGUAACCAGAAGGCAGGAAUUGGUUCAGAAACAAAAUAUUGCCAGGAUGGAGAUGGAAAUGAGUGCCAUUUUUCAACAAAAAGAAAUAGAGAAAGCUCAUCACAAAGGAUUGUUGGGACUGGAAGGCCCCUUCCUUUACCACGGCAUCCCAGCUAGCCCAGUUGCUUUCCGAGGGAGGCACAGAGUGCCUGAGGGCCAUCUUCCUAAUGACAUGCAUGUCCAUCAAACUACCCUCGACUAACUUCAUGGCAACACUGUGGUAAUGGCCACCAGCCCCUACCCGCCCGUCAGCACUCUGCAGAGGAAGCGAGGCCGCCGGCCCGGCAGGAGAACUGGGAAUCACAAAACUGCUGAGUGUAAUCUCACUGGUGUCAAGCGCCAUGGCGAGGACAAGAGCAUGGACCCUGCCAGCGCGACUGCCAAAGAAGAGAAAGAGAACAAGAAAGAAGCAGAAGUUGAAAUACUGAGCAAGCAUGAAGUAAGCCAAGUCCAAGCAAAGCCUUCUCCUGCAGCUGCGAAAAAUGACAAAGAAUAUGAACAUGGCUUGAGAAAGCAUUCCGUACGUCCCAAAAUGCCCAGUGAAGGAAACAGCUGCAGUAAUGGAAAUGAGAAAGAUCCCAACAACUCUUGCCCAGCAUUUCACGAAAAGUAUGUGUAUCCAUCAGCAUUCACAUUCUCGGCUCUGCCAUAUGGCUUCUCCGUACCCAGCAACCAACUGCUACCUUCAGCUACUUCCAGCCUGAUUCUGAAUGGAGAAGACAUUUCUGCCAUUGAUGUUCGAAAGUGGACUAUUGAAGACAUAUACACUUUUAUCAUAAGCCUUCCAGGAUGUUCAGAUUAUGCACAGAUAUUUAAAGAUCAUGCUAUUGAUGGAGAAACCUUACCACUACUCACAGAAGCACAUCUUUUGGACACAAUGGGAUUAAAACUUGGACCAGCAUUAAAGAUUCGGUCUCAGGUGUCCCUGCGCCUGGGCAAUAUGUUCUACAUGAUGAAACUUCCUUUGUCCAUGCCUACUCCGUCUGCUGCAGGCAAACCUUCUGAACCUCCCCCAGGUAUGGCUUCUCCUCUUCAUUGCAACAGUACUGGCGAUGCUCUGGCCAGUCCUUGUUCCCAGGAUCCAGAAACUUCAAAAACAGUUGAAGAGAUUGUUGCAGAAGGCAGGGAAAAUACAUCUGAUGUAGCUGGAACUCCUCAGACUGAUUUCCAUAUGAUCAACUAUCAGAAAACUUGAAACUGGUCGUACAUUAGAAUGGGCAGUGUAACAUAGGGCACCAGGGAACAUCUAAAACACAUGUAACAUUUGGAAGCAUGAAGUAAUCUGUGUUCAGUGCAGUUUGGUACAUGCAUUUUUAAAAGGACUGAAAUACAUACAUCAUUUUGUGCUGUUAGUAUAAUAACUGAAAUUUAUGCAUCUGGGCAAUUAGCAAGUGCAAUUUGUUCAGUAAAUAUGAAUACAUUAAGUAAACUAAAUGGUGUGGGCGGAUGGAGAGGCUUACCUGACGUCCUGGCAGGUGAGUUGCUGCUGCUUACUGGGAGAGGAAGAGAGGUGGAGUGCAGAGCCAAUCCAGUGGUCCUAUUAGUGUGUUUGCACUUUCCCUCUCUACCCACAGCCUUGUCCCUCUCACUCCCAAGAAGUAGCAGCAAUUCACCUGCUGGGAGGUCAGGUAAACAUCUCUGCCCUACCAUACCAUCUGCUACUGCCAGUAGUGUUGCUGAACUGCCUCGUGUUCCGUGUGUGUGUGUACAUUAAGGGCAAAAAGGAGCAUUCCAGGGGCAUUUCAAGGGCAGAUCAAU